CAUUUGGUGUUGGUCCUCCCUCUGCCUCGCCACGACGCCACCGCCCACCACUGCCACCAGCUUCCCGGUCCCCGUCUUCACCCUCAGUCCGCCUCAGUCGCCGGUCGUGAGCCGCCUCCGUCUUCACCAGUCACCACCGUCCAGUCGCCGCCUCGCCUCAGUUAUGGAGAGAGCGUAGAUGAAUAUUAUCCCGUAGUUCAUCAGAAACCUUGUAUGGUGGAGAGAUUAGAGACGACAGGAAAGGACGAGAAGAGAAGAGAGAGAUACAGCCGGAAAUGGCGGAUUACCACUUCGUGUACAAGGACGUGGAAGGAGCUUCUACUCAGUGGGAUGACAUUCAGAGGAAACUCGGAAACCUCCCUCCCAAGUCGCCUCCUUUCAAGCCACCGCCUUUCACCCCCGCCGAAGAUGAAGACUCCUCCCAGCCCAAGGACAAGGCAUGGAUCGAUAAGAAAUCCGCCGAAGAGCUCGAAGAAAUUGAAGAUGAUUUUGACGAAGACCCCUUCCUUGAAGAGUACAGGAAGAAGAGGUUGGCAGAUAUGCAAGCAGCAGCCAAGGUUGCAAAGUUUGGAUGCGUGAUUCCCAUUUCUGGAUCAGAUUUUGUACGUGAGGUAUCACAAGCUCCGCCAGAUGUUUGGGUGAUUGUUCUUUUAUACAAGGAUGGAUAUGCAGAUUGCCGGGUGCUGUUGCAGUGCUUAGAAGAAUUGGCUACUAAAUACCCAGCAACAAAGUUUGUCAAGAUUAUAUCUACCGAUUGUAUCCAUAACUACCCAGAUCGCAAUCUUCCUACUCUAUUGGUUUACAACAACAGCGCUGUCAAGGCAAAUUAUAUUGGGAUGCAUAGUUUUGGUCGGAGAUGCACUCCCGAAAGUGUUGCCCUCGUUCUCUGCCAAUCUGAUCCGGUACUCAACGAUGGCCAUGGUGGAGAAAAGCAGUCGAGAGAAGCUGUUCUUGAUGGAGUUCGGAAGAGGUUUCUUGAGAAGGUUGUUGCAGAGCAUGAAAAUGAUGAUGGUGGUUCUGACAGUGAGUGAUUUGGUGUUGGUGAACUCUUAUUUUUCUUUCUUGUUUUCCCCUCUCUUUUAGUGUGAUGAUUUUGGAGGGUUCCUUUCAAGUUUCAACUCAACUUAACAUAAAAGAUAUAUCACGAUGCUAUUGUCAAUGUUACGAAUUUAAUUAUUGUCAAAUUUUUUUUUAGUUAAA